CGGGAUUUUGGUCGUGGAGAGACAUGUUGAACGCGGGAAACUGCACACGGUCCGAAAAUAACUGCGACUGAUGUGUUUUUUUUGUGAUCCUCCGAUCCGAGAGUCGCGUCUUCUCUCCCAAUCCGUUAUUAUGGGUUAAGAAUAAGUGUGGACGGUAAAAAAUAGAAAAAAGACUCAUUCGUGACCAUUAAAGUGCGGCUAAAAUGCGACAUGUUCUUUUUAUGUCGCAAGUGCAACAGCGGAUUUUACCUUUGUGCAGGAUACCGUUGCAUUCUACUGCUACUGCAGUAUCUCUUUGGAUUUCUAGCUUUCUUGUCCUAUCGAUGUUGCGCGUUAGAUAGCGAAGGAUUUCAAAAGAAUUUGCCUGCGAAAGUCGUGUGGGGCGUAGUUGGCAAAGACGUCGAACUUCCGUGCGAUCUGACAACACCUACGCCCAAAGAUACUAUAAAUAUGGUUUUCUGGUUCAAAGACUCUGCCGGAGUGCCAUUAUACAGUAUACUUGCUAGAGGGAGUCCCCUGGACAAAUCGUCUCACUUAUCUACAACGGAUGACCUGGGGUCACGUUCAACUUUCAUAACUGACGGCGAACCGUCGAGAGCUCGACUAAGGAUACGGAACGUAAAGGAAAAGGACGAAGGCACUUUCCGAUGCCGGGUCGACUUUAGUAACUCGCCAACGAGAAACUUCAAGAUCAACUUAACGUUAGUAGUUCAGCCCUCGCCGCCACAAAUUUUCGAUUCUAAAGGCAGAGAAGUUGUUGACGAAGCAGGGCCGUUUCUGGAGGGUCAGGAACUGUUCCUGUCAUGCCAAGUUACCGGAGGUCGACCGCCUCCUUCGUUAACGUGGUGGCAUAACGGCACCAUCUUAGACAGCGUGGUGGAUACGUCUAGGGAAUCCUUUACUACAGUGAAUCAGUUGACUAUAAGCAAAGUAGAACGGUCCCUACGGGGAAACAAGUUGGAAUGUAAGGCAACAUCCGCUGAAAUUGCCGGAACUCUAAAUAAAGAUGUCAGACUUGUGGUCUACCUGAGGCCAAGCAAGGUGAAGAUUGUUACACCGAAUGCGUUAAUGUCUGUCAAUAAAGCUCAUACCGUGAAAUGCGAAACAUCAGGCUCUUAUCCGCCUGCCAAACUCACGUGGCUAUUGAAUGACAGGCUCAUUACAAAUACGGAUAUUACGGAGGAGAAGACAGAGUCGUUCACAAACAGCAUCUUGACGCUAAACGUGAAGGCAGAGGACGACGGCCAGGAUCUCGUGUGUCGUGCAGAUAAUCCCCGAUUUCCCGGGGGAUCCGUCGAAGACAGGAGACAAAUACAAGUUGCAUAUCCGCCUAAGGUGGCCGUACAUCCGGGAAGUGGACCGAUGUCGCAUGCAAAGGAAGGGUUGAAUGUGACUCUUCACUGCGACACCAAAGCUCGACCAUCCCCCCACGCAUACAGUUGGUAUCAUGAUGAACGUUUUAUUCAGAGUAAUGAAAGUGCGGGAAUCCUACCCCUCGGCAACACUUAUAGGCCAUUUGUCUCUUUACUUUUGUUGAAUUUGUUAUUGUUUGUUUCAGAUGCACCACGUUGCAAAAAAGGAUUCGAAGUAAUGCGGGUCGGCGUCUCCUAUCAACACGGUACCAUCAUCGUCGAUUGUCACGUUGAAGCCAUUCCAGAUGUAACAAGAUUUUGGUGGACUUAUAAUACUAGUAAAGGAGUCCUACCGGUUUCCAUGCAAGACUCCAGUUCACAUAUACACAACAACGAUGGUACUUCGACGCUCCAUUUUUCCCCCGAGAAUAUACACGACGUCCGAUCAUUGGCCUGCUGGGCAAGCAACAGUGUGGGAAGACAAUCGAACCCAUGUAUCUUUUACAUUGUACCAGCAAAUCGUCCCAUGCCGCCCAGGAAUUGUGUUUUGCGAAACACAAGCUGGCACACGGCCGAAGUGUCAUGCACUGCAAAUGAAGACGGAGGAUUACCACAAACAUUUGUCUUGGAAGUAAGAAAUUCUCCGGAGUAUUCAGAGCCCACAAGUGUGACAACGCUGAGCGAUCAGGGGGAGAAUUCGCCCCCUUUGUUUCGAGUACUCGGUCAAUCACCUGUUUUCAGUUUGCACAGCUUAGAACCGGACAAGAAAUACAACAUUCUCGUCUAUGCUGAAAAUGCGGUCGGGAAAAGCGACCCGCCAGUUUUUAUACCCAAUGUUCAAAUUCAACAGUAUUACAGUAACAACCGUACGUAA